UCAGGUGGCUCCAUACCGAGAGGACUGGCGCUUCACCGCCCCUCUGGCACUAAGAGUGGCUUUGACGCACAGAGGGGCAAUGCCACGCGCACUGCUCCUGACCAUGAGCGGCCCCUGAACGGAGUCAGCCAGUCACGGGGUUGCAGUCCCACUUACGACUCUACGAUGGGAACACCUGACAACUACAGCGUCCAGCCGAACGGGACCGACCCGUUUGGAAGAAACGAGGAGGUGGCCAAAAUUGAGAUAACGGUCCUGAGCAUCACCUUCGUGGUAGCAGUGAUCGGGAACGUGAGCGUCCUGCUGGCCAUGUACAAAACCAAGAAGAAGAUGUCUCGCAUGCAUCUGUUCAUCAAGCACCUCAGCCUGGCCGACUUAGUGGUCGCCUUCUUUCAGGUGCUGCCGCAGCUCUGCUGGGAGAUCACCUACCGCUUCUACGGGCCAGACUUUCUGUGCAGGAUAGUCAAGCACCUUCAGGUGAUGGGCAUGUUUGCGUCCACCUACAUGAUGGUGAUGAUGACCGUGGACCGUUACAUCGCCAUCUGCCACCCGCUGAAGACCCUCCAGCAGCCCACGCAGCGCUCCUACAUCAUGAUCGUUUCCACGUGGAUGUGCAGCCUGGUGCUGAGCAUGCCUCAGUACUUCAUCUUCUCCCUGAGCGAGAUCAAGAACGGCUCGGACGUCUACGACUGCUGGGGCCACUUCAUCGAGCCGUGGGGCCUCAAGGCGUACAUCACCUGGAUAACCGUGGGCAUCUUCCUCGUCCCCGUGGUCAUUCUCAUGAUCUGCUACGGGUUCAUCUGCCACAGCAUAUGGAAGAAUAUCAAGUAUAAGACCAGGAAAACAGCUGCGGCCGCUGCGACUAAGAACGGUCUGAUCGGGAAGAAUUCCGUUAGCAGCGUCACCACUAUAUCCAGAGCCAAGUUAAGGACAGUGAAAAUGACUUUUGUGAUAGUUCUGGCCUACAUUAUAUGCUGGGCACCCUUUUUUACAGUGCAGAUGUGGUCGGUAUGGGAUAAAAACUUCCAGUGGGAUGAUUCUGAGAACACAGCAGUGACUCUGUCUGCGCUCCUUGCCAGUCUCAACAGCUGCUGUAACCCUUGGAUAUACAUGAUCUUCAGCGGUCAUCUUCUCCAAGACUUUGCACACUGCUUCUGCUGCUGCCAUAAAAUGAGCACUGAUUUCAAGAAAGAGGAUUCGGACAGCAGUCUCCGAAGAACAACUCUUUUAACUAAAAUUACCAACCGGAGCCCGAGCUCUGGCAACUGGAAAGAGCUGGACAGUUCUCCCAAGUCCUCCAUUCCGUCCAUCCAAGCAGAGUGACACCAUAAUGCCAUAAUGUAGCCCCAAUAUUUAAUGAUCUGGGAAUGAACAGAUGUCUGACAGUGGCAUCAGUCAUCAGGUACCAUACAUGGACACUACUGGAACUGAUUCCAGUGCCCUAAACCCCACAGACUAAAGCAACAUUUUUUCACUGGAAAUGUAGAAAAGAGCAAAGGAAUAUAGCGAAUAUUAAACAUGUUUUCUGAAUGUUUUACAUCGCAGUGACAGAAAAGAGUAUAUGGACAUAAUGUCCAGUGGAUGUUUCCUAGAUUCUCUGUGCAAGUAUGUGCUUUUUUCACAUAACAUGGCCUGUAAUGUGUGAAACAUUUGGAAAAAUGCUUGAUGUUGACAGCCAUGUUUUUGUUUUUUUGUUUUUUUUUUUUUUGGUGGGGGGGGGGUUUGGUGAGUACAUUUAAAAUAAAUUCAAGUUUAACAUCAUGUGACAGGACCAAGGAGAGCUUUUGAAAUGCCAACAUGAUUUCGUAUUGAUGACUAAUGCUAUAGGCGCUUUUCCACACACACACACACACACACACACACACAAAAAAACAACAACUAAUAUUUCUAAGUACUGGCUGUGUACUCCCUGCAGUACCACUCCAGCCAGACUGUUUACAAAGACUAGUGGCAGGGGCCGAGGGGCUUGUGGUGGGCUGUGGUGACACCAUGUCUCUAUAGAUAACCAUUGCAGUCACCAUUUCCCUUUUGUUUUGCUUUUCAUUUUAUUUUUCCCUAUAGUCAAAACCAGGCUGAAUACAUUUAAAAGUCUUAUGUUGGAAAUUAUGCUCUAAACUAUACCUUCUUUGAACAAUUGAAAAAGACAUUUAUGGUUAAUAAAUCAACAUGCAUGGCAAAUGGGGGAGGGGGCUUGGUGGGCGACACAGAUAAGUGGGCAUCUUGUGUGUGUCCAUGUUUUUAUAACUAUUUUUAAAAUGAAUUUCAAUUCACAGCCGUUAGCCUUUGCACACCCUAACAGAACGGCUUCAGCUCCUGACAGGCAGACGCAGAUGGGGUUCUCCUUCAAAACUGUGUUCACUCACACACAGAGACGUAAUGAUGGGGUGGGGGUUCAUAGUUAAACUGGAUUGGCUACAGCUGUAGGAGUCCACCUAUAGGACAUCACAGACUCCUCCUCUGGCUUCCACAAAAACAAUGCUGAGGAAAAGCCAACAAAUUCCACACACACCACAUCAACACAUUUCCUGGCUCUCUGGCAUCCUGCUCCACAAUGGUUUCUGUUUGGGUUUCAUUUGCACUCCUCACAUUAGCAGUUUGCUGUACAUUAAUGCUAUGUAUGCUAUACCAUCGUGUCAAUUCCACAAAAAGAAUAUACUGAAAUGUUUUGAGUUUUCUUAUGUUUUGUCACAGUAUAUUUGUACAUAAAAUGCACUUUUCAGUGUUAAAUUGAUCUGUAAAUAGGAAGAAUGUAUGUAAAUCUGUUCAACAUAAGCUAGUAUCCAUCUGGUUUUGUUUGUGCACAUAGAAAUGAA